AUGUUACCGACACCCGACACCUCACACGUCUCCUUUGAUACCAUAUAUGAACCUUCCGAGGAUUCGUACCUUUUUCUGGAUACCCUAUCAUCAGAGUCGGAAUCAAAAUGGCUGUCUCAAAGAUUUAAAAAUUGCAGCGCGCAGUCAACUUCCAGCGCCAAUGCUGUACCCUUGGUUGUGGAAGCAGGAACAGGAUCUGGCGUUGUGCUAGGAUUUGUAGCAGCGCACUCGCAGAAGAUAUUCGGGCGUCCAGACAUCCUGACGCUCGGCACAGAUGUGAAUCGGAAUGCUUGCCUGGCAACACGAGAAACCGUAUCUCUUGCCAUCAAGGCCAACAAACAAGAGAAUGAUACCCCUGACACAAAAUCAAAUCCGCAUACGAUUCAUAUCUCCUCCAUAACAGCCGAUCUGUGUACAUCUUUACGGCCCGGGAGCGUUGAUGUUCUGCUUUUCAACCCACCUUAUGUGCCAACAGAGGAUCUUCCACGUUUGCCAACCGCAUCUGAAAAUGACCCCGUUGUGGCGCAGACUAUGUCAUACAGCUCGAAGUUUGAGAGUGAUUCAUACUUUCUCUCAUUGACCUACGCAGGCGGUGCUGAUGGUAUGGAAACUACCAAUCGCUUAUUAGAUGCCAUUCCGGACAUCCUUUCAGAUCGUGGAGUAGCUUAUAUCUUGCUCUGCAAGCAAAACCGACCGAAUGAUGUAAAGCAGCUUAUUCAUGAAUGGGGACGGGGCUGGAAUGUUGAAACUGCCGGCUCGAGUGGCAGCCAAGCUGGCUGGGAAAAACUUGUGAUUAUUCGGAUAUGGAAGGAUAAUACCAUUGUAUAA